UCAAUCCGACCGACCCUUUCAAUUCAACCUCUCUUUCUCAUCAAUUCCUUCGCUUUCACUUCCAAACAACCAAACCCAGAAUAUUGAUAGUGUUUAUAUAUAAUCCACUGACCCACCUAUUCUUAGACUCAUUUCAAUACCAUUUUCCUCUAGUCUGAAAACAGAGUACGUGUUUUUUUUUUUUUUCCCUCAUGGAUUGCUUGGUCCUGCCGGUGAAUAUCUUCAGGAAGUGCUACACGGGGGGGUCACGGCUAGGCUACCGGCCUUUGAACGAAGAUGGUUUCGGCGAGUCAGGGCGGCUGGUGACGGUGGUGGUCGGCAAGGAGAAGAGGGAGUUCUUGGUGGAUCCGUUUGUGCUGGAAGAGAACCCAUUUCGGGUUUUAAUCGAGAUGAUGAAGAAGGAUGAGGUGAAAAGGAGCGAGAACAGGGUGAUUUUUGUGGACGUGGAUGCGAUUUUGUUCGAGCACAUGUUGUGGUUGAUGCAUAAUGAUUGUUCUUCUUUGUUUAAGCUCAACCUCAAGGAGAUAAUUGACUUCUAUGCUCAUGAUUUUUAGAGAAAAACCCAGAAAUAAGGUGCAUGAAUGAAUACAUAUAUACAUAUAUAAAGGAACAGUUUAUACGUGUACUAUAUAUGUCCAUGAAUAUAUAGAAUACAUUAUCAUCUCAUUCCUUUGA